AUGUUCUACCUGUUUGCCUACGUCAACUUCAUGCCCAAUGGCUACGGCCCCUGGCAAGCCGCAUAUGACAAGCUCGGCGAGUACGUCUGGAAGGAGGAGCCGUCGACAUUGUCGUACUACUUCGGCAUCCCCUACGACUACGAGCACGACUUCGAGUCCACCCCCCUCAUGUUCGCCUGGGAAGUAUACCCCGACCGCAAGGGCCUCUACGAAACCCACUUCAACUCCCCCGCCAUGGCCGAGUUCCAAAAGGCCGCCCUGCCCGCCAUGUCGACGGGCUUCGACCUGGCGCACUACGCCGAGCUUCCCGGCGGCAUGCUCGACGCGCCGGGAGACGCGCGCCAGUGCGGCGUGAUGCAGGAUAUCCGGAUCCAGUGCAAAUCGCCCGAGGCGCGCACCGUCGCCGCCGCCCGGCUCGCGGCCGUCGCGGCUGCGGUGCGCGCCAGGGCGGACCCCGCGGUGCUCACGUGGAUGGCGUUUGAGUGCCUCGACGACGAGACGGGGCUGCGGGUGUUUGCGAGGUUCGAGGAUAGGGCGGCUAUGGAGAGGGCUAAUGCUUGGGAUGAGGUGGUGGGGUUCUGGACGGCGAGUAAGGAGAAGGAGAUUGCGAGGAUUGAUCAGAGGGCUUAUGUGCCUAAUGGGAAGGGGUGGUUGCACCGUUGA